AUGCAUAAAUUUCUGUUUGGAAAUAGAAGAACGAGUAUUUCGAGUUAUAACCCUUUUGGUUCCUCUAAAAACAUGAAACCAGGCAUCAUAACUAAAAUAAAAAACAAGAUUUAAGGUUUAUUUCAAACAACAAUCAACUCAUAAAGUAUAAUCUAACGGAUACAAUCAUUUGACGAUUAAAAUUUAGAAUAAGAACUAUCUAAUUAAUUUAAAAAUAAUCUUGUUCUUAUAGAUCGAAUUCUACCAAAUAAGGAAGAUGGUACAGUACUAAAACGCAAAUCCAUAUUUCCCUUUGAAUAAUAUCUAAAAGAAGAGGGCGAUUCUGCUAAAAAAUAUUCAUAAGAAACGUAAACUGAUAUAAGUAAUAAACCAAGUGAUUUGUAGUGCAAAACUACAAAUGCAAAAAAACAAUAGAAGUUUAAAAAAGUAGACUCAAAAAUUUACAAAAGUCGAAAAAUGGAAGGUAAUGUUUGUUAAUAAUAACAUUAGAAAAUCCAAAAUAGUUAGAGUUUAAUCUAAAUAAACAAAAUUUUAAGUAAAAUAAACACCAAAAAUUAGAAAAUUCAUCUGAAUAUUAUUCAAAUUACUCCAAUAAAAGAUUGAAAUAGUUUGAUAGUUUUACAGAAAGUAGUAUACCACUCAAAUAAUAAAAAGCUGAAACUAGUGAUUAUUUAUCUCCAGUGAAAAUACUUGAGAAUUAAUUAGUAAUCCAAAAUAAUGAGAAUAAGAACUUGAAAUGUGAUUCAUUUCUCAAGGCAUUAAAAGGUUCUUCAUCUGCUGCCCUAAGCCCCUCAAACAAUGAUCGCCUUAAAGAUGAUCUAAAUAACAAUAAUUAAUUUUCAAGUUCAACUGGAACAAACUCAAAAGAAGAGGGAAAUGAAACAAUCUAAAGUUUUAAGAGUGGUUUUUUUUAAUAAGCAGUAUAAGAGAAUGUAGAUGACUUGGAUAAAAAUAAAAAAGCUUCGAAUUCUUAGUAAAAUUAAGAUUUAGAGCCGAAAAAUAUCUAAAAUGUAAAUCAAGUAAACUUUAUAGUAUUAUAUUAGAAAUAAUCUGAUUUCUCUUUAAACUAGAAGAAAGAUAAUCAAUUAUAAGAAGUAUUAAAUAUAGAAUAGAACAAAUUAUAGAAUUCGUCUUAAGAAAAUUCUACCCCAAAAGAUAAAUAGGAAGGCCAAGGAUUAUUUCCACAACAGGAUUAAUUUUUGAACCAAAAUUUGAUAAGUCAAAAUGAAAAAUAGGAACAUAUGUCUGAUAAUAUAUCAAAAAUUCAAGAUCUUUAGUCAUAGUAAAGUCAAGAUAUUUAAAAAAAUAUACUGCAAGUUAGCUUUUUGAAUAAUUAAAACAAGUAAACAGUUGAGAAAAAUGAUAAAUCAAUAAAAGAAUCAAAUCCAUUUUUGGUUCAAAGUUCUAACAUCAGUUCCGAUCAAAUAAAUCUAUAUUUUUAAGCUUGUUCACAAUCCAAUCAAAAUAAAUAAUGCUAACCAUAAAAUUAAAAUUAACCUAUAAUGGAUUUAUUCAAAAUAUCAGCAUAAUAACCUUAAUAAAUUGUGAAUAAACCUUAGGAUAAAUAGAACACUUAAAAUUUAUUAUAAAGUGUUCACAAUUUCGAGAAUGCAAAAAUACUUUAAUAUUCUACAAAUAAAUAAAUGGAAAUCAUCGAAUAAGCUUCUCCUUAACUUAAUUAGGUUAUUUAAAAUAAGUAGAAAGAUUUUGAGGCUGUAUAACUAAGUUAUUAGUAAUAGCUGACUUAAUAAAAUACUCUAUUUUAAUAGUAAUAAUAAUAGUAAUAAUAGCAUUAUUCAUAAUAAUUGAUAUAAUAGCAAAGCUUUUAACUUUAAAAUCAUUUUACUUAAUAGAGGCAGACAUAGAAUUAAAUUUCAAGUUUAAAUGUAUUUUAAUCUAAUCCUUUUUAAUAAUAAUAAUAAAAUGAUUUAAGCAAUAAAUCUAUGUUUUUAAAGAAUGAUGUUCUAUCACUUUUUUAAGAUACGAAAAAAUCUGAUAAAGGUUGUAAUUUUAUUAAUAAUUUAGAUAUAUUUUAAGCUCCUUUACUUCAGCAAACUAGUUCAAGUUUGAAUAAUAGUUUUAACAAAGCUAAAAAGAAGUAGAGAAUUAAUAAUUGUUGA